UGGGCAAGAUGGCCAGCCCAAUUUCGAAAGUUGUAAACCAUAGCUGGGCCGAGACCCACAUCCACCUUACCCGAAGCGUAAACCGUAGAGAGUUUGUAUUUUAUAGCCCUGAAAUUUGCAUUCUCCCUACGCUGCUGUGCUUCAUUUGCCUCGCUUCCUUGCGGAAUCACAGGGCAUGCUUGGAGUGACGAGAGUGCUAUACCAGAAGCCAUCCGUCUUCCAGAGGUACCUCAUUGCCUCUCUUAUGGCCAAUAGUCCUAGGGUUUCUGCCUUCUCCACUGCUUCCCCAACUGCUACUCCUGCCGUGAAGCGAGUUGGCACACACAAUGGAAGCUUUCAUUGCGAUGAAGCCCUUGGCUGCUUCAUGAUUCGUCUCACUAACAAGUUUGCCGCUGCUGAGAUCGUCCGAACUCGAGACCCUCAGGUGCUGGAAGGUCUUGAUGCUGUCCUUGAUGUUGGGGGCGUGUAUGAUCCGAGUAGAGACCGGUAUGAUCAUCACCAGAAAGGGUUUGAUGAGGCUUUCGGACAUGGGUUUUCUACCAAGCUCAGCAGCGCCGGUCUUGUCUAUAAGCAUUAUGGAAAGGAGAUAAUUGCAAAGGAGCUUCAAGUCAAUGAAGAGCAUCCAGAUGUGCAUAGGUUAUUUAUAGCCAUCUAUAAAAGCUUCAUGGAGGCAAUUGAUGCUGUGGAUAAUGGAAUUAAUCAGUAUGAUACAGAUCAACCUCCAAGAUAUGUGAAUAAUACGCACUUGUCCUCUAGAGUUGGAAGAUUGAAUUUGGAUUGGAUGGAUCCCGAUCAAUCACCACAAAAAGAGAAUGAGGCAUUUCAAAGGGCAAUUGCUUUGGCUGGCAGUGAGUUUUUAGAUAGUGUUAGCUUUCAUGCAAAAUCGUGGCUGCCGGCACGAUCAAUUGUUGUAGAAUGUUUGACAGCAAGACAAGAUAUUGAUCCUAGUGGAGAAAUUAUGGUUUUGGAUAGAUUUUGCCCUUGGAAGCUUCACUUGUUUGAGCUUGAAGAGGAGAUGAAGAUUGAACCUCACACUAAAUAUGUUCUUUAUCAGGAUGACAGAAGCAAACAUUGGCGAGUGCAGGCAGUGGCAAUAUCCCCUGAUAAAUUUGAGAGUCGGAAGCCUCUCCCAUCUCAGUGGCGAGGUUUGAGAGACGAUGAACUGUCAAGGGAGGCCGGCAUUCCUGGUUGUGUUUUUGUCCACAUGAGUGGCUUUAUUGGUGGAAAUCAAACCUACGAGGGUGCUCUGGCUAUGGCAAGAGCUGCUUUGAAAAUUUGAGCUGUCCGGCUUCCAAAUAGUUGUUGCAGAGCAUUUGAAUAGGGUAUUGCCCCGGGCAGCAUCUUAGCCCGGGUGCGAUUUCAGAUUUUGCUUUAGCUGAAAUUCUGCCACACAACGAUGUAUGUGAGUAAGAAAAGGAAAAGUAAACUCCCAAUGGUUUUUUGGAACUCAUGCUCCGUAAGUACUUCCAUCACAUCCUGUUUAUCAAGAUGUAUGCAUUAAUUUUUAAACAUUAUAAUAUAUGAAUGUUUUAUAUUUAUCAA